AUGGAUGAAGGGUCGACAGUUACCCUUUUAGAUGAUACCUUAGCUAAAAUCAUUGGGGUGAGAGGACAACGAGAUCCAUUACAAAUUACUGGCGUAGGGAAUUCAGGGACUUCUGACCCCUCUAGCGAACGAGUCGAUUUUGAAAUCAGUGCCCUCGACAGUAAUGUAAAACAUUCAAUACGAAACGCUCGCACCAUACAAAGUUUAGUUCUACCUAGUCAAUCGCUUUCGGCAAACGAUAUACAAAAUUAUUCCCAUACGUCACACCUAUCUGUCGAGCCUUAUAACAAUGUUGUACCGAAACUGUUAAUCGGUCAGGACCAUUGGGAUCUCGUUACAUCAAUAAGAACAAUGUCAGUUUCUCGAUUUCAGCCAGUAGCUUCCUUGACCAAGUUGGGAUGGGUUAUUCACGGUCAAAUACCUACGCGUUUAGAAACAAAUAAUUAUGUAACAGUUUUAUCAAUAGAUUGUUCACAAGAAAAUUCCGAAGACUCUUCGGAUCUACAUAAAUUAGUCAAGUCAUAUUUUAGCACAGAAUGUAUAGGUAUCACUAAUAAUAGUCGAAGGAACAAAUUGGAAAAAAGGGCUGAGAACAUAUUAUCUAACACUGCGAAACGCUUAGGCUCACGUUGGCAGGUAGGUUUGUUGUGGAAGAGUGAAGGUUUCCAAUUACCGAAUAAUUACCAAAAUCCCCUUACACGCCUUUAUUCACUUGAAAGAAAAAUGGAUAAAAAUGCUACAUUCGGUAAACGAUACUGUCAACAGGUAGAAUAUUUAAUUAAGUCUGGGUACGCAAAAAGAGCAGACUUACCUCCCCUUAAAAACCCUCGUGUUUGGUACCUACCUCAUUUCGGGGUAAUUAACCAUAACAAACCAGACAAAAUUCGUCUCGUUUUGGAUGCGUCUUCAAAAACUAAAGGAGUUUCGUUAAAUUCUAGCUUGCUAACAGGUCCGGAUCUUGUUUGUUCACUGUAUGGCGUCCUAUUGCGUUUCAGACAAAAAAAGAUAGCAUUUAUGGGGGAUAUUAAGGAAAUGUUUCUUCAAAUAAAAAUUCGCGAAGAAGACCAAGGGGCACAACGGUUUUUGUGGCGCGGAAUGAAUCGAGAAUGCGAUCCUGAAGUAUAUGUAAUGACAUCGAUGUUAUUUGGAGCGACUUCCUCCCCUUGCACCGCACAAUAUAUAAUGAAUAAAAAUGCCAAAGAUUUCGAAACAAAAUAUCCGCGAGCAACUAAAGCCAUCAAAAACAAACACUAUGUUGACGAUUACCUAGAUAGUACAGACUCGGAACCGGAAGCGCUAAGGAUAAUCAAAGAAGUUACGGAAGUUCAUAAGCACGGAGGAUUCGAGAUUACCGGGUGGGUUAGUAAUAAUAAAAUUUUACAAAGUAAACUUUCCGCAAAUAAAGAUAAUGACAUAGUUGACUUGACAAAAGAUCAUAUAGAAAGAGCUUUAGGUUUAAAUUGGAACUCGUCUAAGGACACCAUUACCUUUAAUUUCGAUAGUAGAAAAAUCCCCGAUUCAAUUGCCAACAAAAAUGAAAAUCCGACUAAACGCGAAAUGCUAAGUGUUAUAAUGUCAGUUUAUGAUCCACUGGGUAUUUUGCUACCACUUACAAUUCGAAGUAAAAUGUUGCUACAAGACGUCUGGCGAAGGAAGUGCGCCUGGGAUGAAAAACUUACAGAAGAAGAAUUUAUUCGUUGGAAAGCAUGGAUAUCGGAAUUAAAAAACGCAAAAGAUUAUCAGAUUCCCAGGGCCUAUUUUAAUCGAGAAGACAUACCUCGCGACAUAGAAUUGCAUAUUUUUAGUGAUGCUAGCGAUAAAGCCUAUUCCGCUGUUGCUUACUUACGAGGAAUUUUUCGAGAUGGGUCAAUUAAUGUUUCGUUUAUCGCGGGAAAGGCGAGAGUAGCUCCACUGAAGUCCUUAUCAAUCCCGCGUAUGGAACUCCAAGGAGCGUUAAUAGCGAGUAGAUUAGGCAAAACGAUUAUCGAGGAACUCGAAAUAACUAUCACGAGGCGCGUAUAUUGGACCGACUCGCUUACCGUCCUAGGAUUGAUCCAAGCAGACCCACGAAAGUACGAAGUAUUUGUAGCUCACCGCCUAGGCGAAAUCGACGAAAUAACGGACAUAGCGGAAUGGAACUGGACUCCUAGCAAACUGAACCCCGCCGAUUGUGCAACCAAGAAUGUAGGAAAUAUACAGGUUCUUACAAAUAGAUGGCUCCAAGGACCGAAGUUCCUUUGUUCGCCCGAAUCGAUGUGGCCAAAACAGAAUUCUAUCGAUAGGAAAAUAUCUUGCGAAACCGAAGCAAAACGCGAGUUUGUCACCGUUGUUAAAGAAAACAUAACACAAGUUCUGCCAGAGAUUUCGCACUUUUCUAAGUAUUUAUGUCUGAUCAGAAGUACAUCAUGGGUAUUGGUGUCCCCCCAACGUUGGCGUGGAAACAAAAAUGCCACGCUCACCCCAGACCUUUUACAGAAAGCCGAACUCGCGUGGAUAAAACAACUACAAAGAGAAUGCUUCGGGUCCGAAAUCCAAAAGUUGAAAGAUUGUAAACAAUUAGAUAAAGAUAGUAGGCUUAAAGAUCUUUCACCCGUAAUGGACGCGGACGGAGUCACACGAAUUGAUGGUCGAAUAAAAGUAGCCACCGAUGUUUCAUACGACGUUAAGUUUCCAGUAAUCCUAGACGGUAAGCACCCGUUCACUCGAUUGCUUGUACAAUACUAUCAUGAAAAAUUCGGACAUGCCUCACCUGAAACGAUUGUUAACGAACUGAGACAGAAGUACUGGAUAAUAAAACUACGCCCCACGAAAGCAAAACCGCAAAUUCCCCGCAUGGGUGACUUACCCAUAGAGAGAUUGGGUCAUCAUCAAAGACCUUUCACGUUUUGCGGGAUAGAUUACUUUGGUCCUAUGUUGGUCACUGUAUGA